AUGCAAACAGAAAAGAAAUCAUAUGACUGUCUUGAUUGUGGGAAAAGUUUAAUUGCAAAUUCUUACCUUAGGACUCACACAGGAGAGAAACGCUUUGAAUGUGCUCUUUGUGGGAAAGGUUUCAGAGAGAAACCGUAUGAGUGUUCAGAUUGUGGGAAAAGGUUCAGUCGCAGAUCCGGUCUGGUGACACACCAGAGGAUUCAUAUAGGAGCGAAAUCUUUUGAAUGCCCUGACUGUGGGAAAAGUUUUGUUCAAAAUGCUUACCUUAUAAAACACCAGAGGAUUCACAGAGGACAGAAAUCAUAUGAGUGUCCAGACUGUGGGAGACGUUUCAUUAGAAAAUUCCAGCCCACGAGUCACCAGAGAAUACAUACAGGAGAGAAACCAUUUGAAUGUCCAGAUUGUGAGAAAAGUUUCAAGAAACCAUAUGAGUGUGCACUUUGUGGUAAACGUUUCAGUCGAAAUUACAACCUAGUGAAACAUCAGAAGACUCACACAGGAGAGAAACCCUUUGAAUGUCUUGACUGUGGGAAAAGGUUCAGUCAGAAUUAUGAACUGACGACUCACACAGGAGAGAAACCAUAUGAGUGUCCGGUUUGUGGGAAAACUUUCAGUCACAAUUCCUACCUGCUCACCAGUCACCAGAGGACACACACGCGAGAGAAAGCCUUUGAAUGUCCUGAUUGUGGGAAAGGUUUUAUUAGAAAAUUUCAGCUCACAAGUCACCAGAGAACUCACACAGGAAAGAAAGCCUUUGAAUGUCCUGACUGUGGGAAAAGUUUUGGUCAGAAUUCACACUUGAGGACUCACAUCGGGGAGAGCUUUCAAAUGUCCAACAUAUGGGUGGUACUUCAGGUGUAA